CAGGCUGUCCCCACUCAUGUCCGCAUGGAGCCGGAGGGGUCGUGGCCUCCAGCUCCGGCUGAAUUUCGGGAGAUUUUCGGGAGAAAAUUUCUUCUGGGAGGUUUUCGGGAGAGGCGCUGAAUUUCGUGAGUCUCCCAUAAAAUCCGGGAGGGUUGGCAAGUAUGGUGUCAAAGCACUUCGAGUACCUUGAAGGUAGAAAAGUGCUAUACAGUCCUCAUCGGGAAGGAUAGAAUCCUACAAUGGCGUCACAGAUCCCAGCUCUCCCACAAUCCUUCACUCCCAGCAACGACAGCGUCUUCUCUGACCAGUCCGGCUUCUUCUCCCUGGACUCUAACGUCCCGGGUCUCUCCAAGGUGAUCCUCAACAAGCUCAACCUGUCCGACUAUGGACAGUACAGGGCCGCCCUGGACGGUCAGACCGAAGGAAUCGGCUUCCGCAACCACAGAGAGAUGUUCCAGAAGAUGGAAGAGACCUUCAAAUUCUGCACCGCCUGCAACAAACUUCCAGAACACCUGAGCGAGGGUCAGAAGCUGAAGCGUUGUGUCAAGUGUCUAAAUGUGUACUACUGCACCAAAGCCUGUCAGGUCAACAACUGGCCAGAGCAUAAAAAGGUGUGCAAGACGCUGCGUCUGGUGGCCAUUGACAGACUGGUGGAGUGGCUGAUGUUCACUGGAGAUCUUCCACUUCCUACCGACCAGUGGUCCAAGCCUGCAGCCGAGGUCAAGACCUGGCAGGACUGGCUCCCCCUGCAGGAGGAGCACCUCACCACCCGCCUGGACGCCGUCUUGUCGAGCAGCAACAUGGAGCUCCUCUGGAGAAACGCCAGCAGGCCCAGACCACAGGACCCUGACCUGCGUCAGUCCGUGUGGCGAAUCCAGAGCGAAUUCCUCUCCCGGGUCCUCACAGUGGCCGUCGCCGUGCGGCACUAUCAACUGGACCCUCACUCCAGACCCCUCACCAUCCACAUAGUGGGGGCCUCACAUAACGAGACCAUGGGAGCCCGACUGAGCGACUAUGACGAGCUGAGCCACAUGUUCCCGGGACACCAGGGCGUGGAAGUGGUCAUGGUGGGACCGGAGGUGGUGGACGGACCCAUCAUGAGGCCGCCGCUCACGGCCUUCGGGCCCAAGCAGAGGGUCUACAUCAGCGCCUAUAAGGGGCUCUACCAUCACUUCUGGGAGGCGCUGGUGGAGAAGGAGGAAGCAUCCAAACCAGACCUGGUGGUCGGCUUUCAUCCUGGUUUCCACGCCAACCAAGGUCUGGUGGAAGGUUGGCUCCCAACUCUUCUGCUGCUCAGAGACUACAACAUCCCAUCAUUCUUCACCAUGUACAGUGACAUGGAGCUGAAGUACUCUCUGCAGAUCCUGCUGGAGUUGGAGGUGCACAUUCGGGACAGCGGCGCCAAUCCGUUCACAUCUCAGAAGCCCGAACAGGUGCAAGCCUGCCCCAACAAAGCACCUGUGUACUGCAACUCUCACUACGUCGCUUUCCAGGGGCUGUUACCGCGAGAAGACUUUGAGGAGGCCAACUAAGAGAUUGUGUCACAAGGAGAAUGUAUCUUCAACUUGACUGAUUUUAUUGAAUUGUUUUUUUUGUAUUCUGACACCGGGGGCGCAUGUUAAGUUUUUAAAACUCAUGUUGUGAAGUUUGAGACAAUGCAUGUGAAUUUAAUGUCUACUAUCACCUCCAAAAUCAGGUCACAUGCUUACUAGCUGUUCAAGAACAGGAGAUAUAAAUACAAAACCCAACACCAGUGAAGUUGGCACGUUGUGUAAAUGAAAACAGAAUACAAUGAUUUGUAUACCCAAUUUCAACUUAUAUUCAAUUGAAUAGACUGUAAAGACAAGAUAUUUAAUGUUGGAACUGAAAAACUCUUUUUUUUGUGCAAAUAAUCAUUAACUUAGAAUUUUAAAAAGUUGGCACAGGGGCAUUUUUACCAUUGUGUUAACUUGGCUUUUCCUUUUAACAACACUCAGUAAACGUUUGGGAACUGAGGAGACCAAUUUUUUAAGCUUUACUGGUGGAAUUAUUUCCCAUUCUUGCUUGAUGUAUGUUCAACUGUCCAGGGUCUCCGUUGUCGUAUUUUAGGUUUAAUAUUGCGCCACACAUUUUCAAUGGGAGACAGGUCUGGACUACAGGCAGGCCAGUCUAGUACUCACACUCUUUUACUAUGAAGCCACACUGUUAUAAUACGUGGCUUGGCAUUGUCUUGCUAAAAUAAGCAGGGGCGUCCAUGAUAACUUUGCUUGGAUGGCAACAUAUGUUGCUCCAAAACCUGUAUGUACCUUUCAGCAUUAAUGGGGCUUUCAUAGAUGUGUAAGUUACCCAUGCCUCGGGCACUAAUACACCCUCAUAACAUCACAGAUGCUGGCUUUUGAACUAUGCGCCUAUAACAAUCUGGAUGGUUCUUUUCCUCUUUGUUCCGGAGGACACCACGUCCACAGUUUCCAAAAACAAUUUGAAAUGUGGACUCGUCAGACCACAGAACACUUUUCCACUUUGCAUCAGUCCAUCUUAGAUAAGUUUUAGCCCAACGAAGCCGGUAGCGUUUCUGGGUGUUGUUGAUAAAUAAAAAAAUGAGUUUUAA